AUGGAGAAUAUAACAGUUUCUACAGACAUCUAUUAUUCUACUGAAAGCAAUGAUGACAUUUCCACAGCUGAUGUAACUGCUGGUAAUGGCUCGUUUAGUGUGAAUGAUGCUUUCGCGUAUUACUAUGAUGAUAACACCACUGCAACAUUUAAUACCUCUUCCUAUUACUACGAUGAGUACUACGAAGACUAUUAUCUCGAAAUCUUCAAUUUUGAAAUAUACACGCUUGGAUAUGUUCAGCCAAUACUCAUUCUUCUGACAACGGUGACGAAUUUAUUCGUUGUUGGAUUUUUCCUGACCAAGGAAAACCGCGGAAAGGCGACAAACCUCUUGUUUGUAAGUAUAGCGUUCUCCGAUACAAUGACCGGCAUCGCGUUACUGCCGAAUGGUUUCGGCGUCUAUGAAGCUGAUCGAGAUUACCUUACCAGAGAAUGGUGUAACACUUACAUGAUCCUGAGAUUUUAUGUCUCUCCGGUGUUCCACACUGUUUCCGUCUGGCAGACGGUAGUUUUGUGUAUCCAGAGAUACUUGUGUGUUUGUCAUCCAUUCAUUUCGGGACGUAUAUGUACAUUCUGGAAAACGUUUGCAAGCAUCGUUGUAAUGUAUUGCUUGGCUUUAGUAAUGCACGUGUACCACUUGGUGGACAAUAAAAUUGGACAUUUCAGAUGCCGAUGGCAAAUGGAAAUCCCUUGCAAGGAGUCAUGCAUGUAUUUGUGGUUCUGUGUAACAUUACAACACCUCCUUCCUUGUUUUCUGUUGGUCAGCUUGACUAUUACCACGAUAAACGAACUUGAAACGGCGCAAAGAAGGGUGUCAACGAUGUCCCACAGGAAAAGUGUCCGCCGUUCUGCACGAGAUAAAAUCAUCACCUACACCACCGUUCUUAUUGUGCUAGUGUUCCUCAUACCGGAACUCCCACAUGGCAUAUAUAGACUGGUGUUUUUAGUCUACAAACACGAAGGCAUUUUCAAUGAAAUCACAACAUAUCAUCAUCACAUCAUUAUAUGCGUGUAUGAAAUUGUACUAAUAAUAAGCUUCAACGCCAACUUCUGGAUCUAUUGCUUCAUGAUGCGUGACUUCCGUCACAAGAUGUUAAAACUUCUAACCUGCGGAGCUUUCAAACGCGGCUUAGCCAGUCUCCGGUCGCUCUCAGUGUCACCUAAAGGCAGCGUAAGAACAACGCUCUCGCGCAGUAGUUCAAACGCCAGUAGAAACAGGGUAUUCAGUAGGACAACUUCCUUGCACUCCACGGCGUCGGAGCAUGUCUAUGCAGUCAUUCCGAUGACACCAACAAGAGGAUACGAUAAUAUCAAUUAUCCUGAGAUGUCAGCCAUGAAAGCAAAAGAAGAUGACACGAAUGAUGACGUUUUUAUGUAG